GGAGAAAUAUAUAUAAGGAGAGGAGUUACAUAGAACUUGUAACAUACCAUGGAGCAUUUAAUGUUGGUCAUCCAUAAUAAUAGUAAUAUUUUCAUAACAUAAUAUUCUUACUUGUUCUUUUAAAGUACUAAACUAAUUGUUGCUUUGUUAGAAAAAAAAUGAAGACAAUAAAGGAUCCAUCCUCUCUUCUCUGCCUAUGUCACAUCUAGGGUUGUUAAUGAACCAAGCCGCUCAUGAAUGGCUCGUUGUGCGACUCGAGAAAAACUCGUUCGACACUCGAUUCGUUUUAAUCGAGCCGACUCGCAAACAAGCUCGUUAACUAAACGAGCCAAACUCGAGCCAUACCAUGUUCAGCUCGAAAGCUCGCGAACAAGCUCAUUUGAUGGUUUGGCAUAAAAAAGAAUUAGAAAUCAUGGAUUUUAUGUAUUGAAAUAGGAUAAAUAUUGUGUUUUACUUUGCUACAGGUUUGAAUGUAAUUUUGUGCGCAAAUUUAGGUCAAUCUUGAUCUAUCAUGAACAUUUUAUGAGCUGAACUCGAUUUUAGGCUCGUUAAGCUUAUUUGAGGAGUCAAGCUUGAGCUCGAGCUUUCAUUUUCAUAAACGAGCCGAGCUCGAGCUUGCAUAUUAAAAUUCGUGACGAACACGAGCCGAGCUCGAACCUGAAAAUAUAUUAACCAACCGAGCCCGAAUUAUGGCAAAGCUUGGCUCAUUAACAGACCUAGUCACAUCUAUUGGUCUACUGAUUUCAUCAUCACCAUUAAACCCAAAGCAAUAAUUAUUCGUCGUGUCCAACUUAAAUGACAAUAAAGAAUCCCACCCAAUCCCAUACCAUUCCAUCCCCCAACCCUCCCCAAAAUAAUGGCCAUGGAUCGGUCGGACCAUGUCGAUCAACUUGUCAAUUCAUUUCACCACCUCUGACUGCGGUCUAUCUACGGCUUCCUAACUAUAAACACAGCCUCCAUAUCAAAGAGAUAACGCGACUUGUGUGGUUACUAGUUAUUUAAUCAUCCUCCACGCCGGGAAAAACAGGGAAGCUAGCUAGCAGCUUCAAAGAGAUGGACCAACCUGCGCAGAUCCAACUUCAAGUCCUCAGGGAUCAACAUCAUAAUGAAGCCAAUAAAGAAGAGACGAUGAAACAGAGCAGCAAAACAGGGCACUGGUGGUGGUGGGUCAAAGUCUCACUCUACACUCUCAGUGUGCUACUGGGACAAUCCGUCGCCGUUCUACUGGGAAGGCUCUAUUUUCUGAAAGGAGGGAGCAGCAACUGGCUCUCCUCCGUCGUCCAAGUCGGCGGCUUCCCCAUCCUCAUCCCCUUCUACCUCCUCACCACCACAACACCAACAAAAGCCGCCGCCGGUGGUGUGGAUCACGAUCACGACGACCAAGGCGCAAAACCACCUCUUCCGUCUCCCCACACUCUGACCGCGAUCUACGCGCUCCUCGGCCUGGUCGUAGGAUUCGACUGCUGGCUCUACUCCGUGGGGCUGCAAAACCUUCCGGUGUCAACUUACACGCUCCUCUCUGCUUCCCAGCUAGCCUUCAACUCGUUCUUCUCAUACUUCAUCAACGGCCAGAAGUUCACCCCUUUCGUCGUCAAUUCGCUAGUUCUCCUCACGAUUUCCUCCGUCUUGCUCGUAUUCAACAACGACGACGACGACGAUUCGUCCGCGGCGGGGCCCACCUCGAGAGUCAAGUACGUCACCGGGUUCCUCUGUACCUUGGCAGCAUCGGCUCUGUUCGGCUUGCUGAUGUCUGCCACGCAGUAUGUGUUCACUAGUGUGAUCAAACGGCGGACUUUUAAGUAUGUGAUGGACAUGAUCAUCUAUCAGAAUCUUUUUGCGAGCUUGGUCACUGCUGUGGGACUUUUCGCUAGCGGGGAGUGGAAGGGCAUAGGAAGGGAGAUGGAGGGCUAUGGGUUGGGGACGACGUCGUAUUUGAUGACCUUGAUUUGGAUCGCGGUGUUCUGGCAGGUGUUUUCGAUUGGAGCGGUGGGCUUGAUCUUCGAGGUGUCUGCUCUGUUCUCUAAUUCGAUAAGCGUCGUGGGACUGCCCGUUGUUCCAAUUGCGGCGAUCUUCUUUUUCCAUGAUAAGAUGAGCGGAGUCAAAGGGGUUUCCAUGGUUUUGGCGAUCUGGGGAUUCGUUUCGUAUGUGUAUCAGUUCUAUGUGGAUGAUCGAAUUUCUAAAGUUGCUAAGAAGGCAGUUGAUGAGAGCUCUCCUCGGAGUUCCUGAUUGAGGAUAAUCCAACAAAAGUCUCGCAUCCAUCACUAGCUAGUUAAUCUACUUAUUUGUAGUUUGGCAAACAUGUAAUGCAUGUAGAAUUCAGAUAUUUUAUAGGUGAAGGAGUGAGAACUCAUGUAAUAUUAGAAUUUAGAACAUAUUGUUUGACUUUGAUCUAUUGUAAACCCACAUAAAUUAUCAUGAAAUUUGAAGUGUUUUGAUAUACUCUAAAUCAAAAGCAUGGAUAUAUCAAUAUUAUGAUAUUUGUCCUCAAAUUAAAAAAUUAAAAUUUGAGAUUAGCAAAUAAAUAAUUAGCUGUCAAAUGAAAUAGGGUUAAUAGCAGUUUGUACCCCUUUACUUUUACAAAUUAACAAACGUACCCUUCUAAUAAAAUUUUGCACAGACG